GCAUUGCCCGCCCUUCCUCCUCCUCCUCCUCCUCCGCGUCCCGCCGCACGCUGACAGAGCGGCGGAGCUCGUCGCCGCUGGACUCUCUCGGUCGCCGGCCGGGCUCGGGGGGAGCAGCGGGCGCUGCCGCCGGCCAUGGUGGCCCGCCCGCCGCCGGGAGGACAGCAGCAGGCGCGGCGGCGGCGGCCGCCAUUGCGCGCGGGGGCCGCGGGACUAUGAAGGAUGGAGGCGGACGAGGUGUCGAUCCGCGAGCAGAACUUCCACAGCCAAGUGCGGGAGUACACGAUCUGUUUUCUCCUAUUUGCUGUUCUCUACAUAGUGUCCUACUUCAUAAUCACAAGAUACAAAAGAAAAGCAGAUGAGCAAGAGGAUGAAGAUGCCAUAGUUAACAGAAUAUCGCUGUUCUUGAGCACCUUCACUCUAGCAGUUUCAGCUGGUGCAGUCCUGCUUCUGCCUUUCUCAAUAAUCAGCAAUGAGAUCCUGCUUUCUUUUCCACAAAACUACUAUAUUCAGUGGUUAAAUGGCUCACUAAUUCAUGGUUUGUGGAAUCUUGCUUCUCUUUUUUCCAAUUUAUGUUUGUUUGUAUUGAUGCCCUUUGCCUUUUUCUUCUUGGAAUCGGAAGGAUUUGCUGGCUUAAAAAAGGGGAUCAGAGCACGCAUUCUGGAGACCCUCGUAAUGCUCAUACUUCUUGCACUGCUUAUCCUUGGAAUCGUAUGGGUGGCUUCAGCUCUCAUAGACAAUGAUGCUGCCAGUAUGGAGUCUUUGUACGACCUCUGGGAAUUCUACCUCCCAUAUUUAUAUUCCUGUAUAUCACUGAUGGGAUGCUUGUUACUUCUGUUAUGCACGCCAGUGGGACUUUCACGGAUGUUUACAGUAAUGGGUCAGUUGCUUGUGAAGCCAACAAUUCUUGAGGACCUAGAUGAGCAGAUGUAUAUCAUCACUUUAGAGGAAGAAGCAAUUCAGAGGAAGCUUAAUGGUUUGCCUGCCAUCAGAGGUGAGGCCAAGGGUAGGGGAUGGCCAGCAACUGGAGUCAAAGGGAUAUCUUCCACAUUGGAAAACCAGACAGUAGAGUUGGAACGAGAGCUUGAAAAAGUGAAGUGCAAGAAAACAAAUCUAGAACGUCGGAAAAAAGCUUCUGCCUGGGAGAGGAAUUUAGUGUAUCCAGCUGUUAUGAUAUUACUGCUGAUUGAGACAUCCAUCUCAGUCCUAUUAGUUGCUUUCAACAUUCUUUACCUGUUGGUUGAUGAGACUGCAAUGCCAAAAGGAUCAGGGGGACCUGGAAUAGGAAAUGCGUCCCUAUCCACCUUUGGUUUUGUGGGAGCAGCUCUUGAAAUAAUUUUGAUUUUCUAUCUCAUGGUGUCCUCUGUCGUCGGCUUCUACAGCCUUCGUUUUUUUGAAAAUUUCAUUCCCAGGAAGGAUGAUACAACUAUGACAAAGAUAAUUGGAAACUGUGUCUCAAUCUUGGUGCUGAGCUCAGCUUUGCCAGUGAUGUCAAGGACACUGGGAAUUACUCGAUUUGAUCUGCUUGGAGACUUUGGAAGGUUUAACUGGCUGGGAAACUUCUAUAUUGUAUUAUCUUACAACUUGCUCUUUGCUAUCAUGACAACAUUAUGUCUGGUCAGAAAGUUCACUUCUGCUGUGCGAGAAGAGCUCCUGAAGGCAUUAGGAUUAGAUAAACUUCAUCUGUCAAACAAUCCAAGAGACUCAGAGACAAAGCCGUCUGCAAAUGGGCAUCAGAAAACACUGUGAUUGACAAUCACCUGCAAUCAACAGAGCUGAAAACAUCAACCUCAUGGCAUUCCUGUCAUCUCAUCAGCUUUUUUAUAUUGUUCUUUUGUUGAUAAUCUGGGUCCAGCCUUGUCUCAUUUCUUGAUGCUGUGUGCUUCUGAGGAACUUAGCUGUAUCACAUUCUUCUCUUUCCAGUUAACUUUUGGUCUGCUUGUUUAUUUCCCAGUAAGUUAAUGCAGGAGGUGCCUUGAAGACUGGAAGUUGAAGAGAAUAAUUAAUUUCUUUUUAUUGACAGUCUCAUAUCUUUAGAUACAAACCUGCUACCCUCUGAAUGCACAGUAUCUCCUGUGUAAUGCAGACAUAGGUUGUAAAGAAUAACUUUGGGACUUUUUUUUUUUUUAAAAAAAAAGAUAGACUUGAAGCCUAGUAUGACCCUUAUUGGAAAUGUAAGCUACUUGGAGUGGGCAUCCUUGACAGUAGACAAGCAGUUCCACUAAAAAUGUUUUAAAAAAUGAAAGUUACUGGUAAAGACCACAGAUCAUGUCGGACUCGGUUGGCUGAUAGCAUGGCCUUUCUUGGAAGGCCAGCGUUUUCAGUUCUCUGUUCCCAGCUGUAAAUGCCAGGUUGCUUUACUGGUAGUCAGGCAAUGUCUAAUUAAAUAGUGAGCCACACAGUGAAGAUUAACUUCAGUGUUAAACCUGAGCCUAGUGUGCUUUGGGAAAAAAAAAAAAAAAAAAAAAAAAAAAAAAAAGCUGCAUAGACCCCAUGUCACAACUCUUACAAUUCUGUAAUGAUUUUGUACUAUGGAGGUCACUCACCCUACCAAGUGCACCCUGUAAAAUUCUGUAUGAACUCCUGUGAAUAAGCAGUACUUGUAACUCAUGCAAGUUGCACAAGUUUAGGAGGCUGUGGUUGUGGUUUUUUUUUUUUUACAGUCUUCUUUAAUUUGAAGUAAAUUAUGUCUCUGAAUUUAUACUGUAGUUAUGAGGAUUUCUGUUCAGUGGCAUAAUCCAGUAUCUUUCACUAGCCUGUUUUUUAAUGUACACACAAACAUGUAUAUAGGACUACAUGUGUAGAUACCAUAAAUUAAAUCUAAGCUUGUAGAGAUGGCAUAGUUGGUUUGAUAAGUAAAGCUUGUGUGUUCAAGCUUGGUAGUACAAAUUUCUGUGAUGUUACAAUUUAACUGCCCAGAGGCCUUACAUUCAGAAUGGCAUCAGUGAGUGUAAUGUCAUUUUUCUUAGCAUCACUGCUGCCUUAGGAAUUCUAUUAGCAGUUUAUAGUAAUAAUAAAAAUAUAUAAAAAAGGCAAAACCAGCACCCACCAACAAAACCCCAGCUGUUCAAAUUCUAGUUGCAUUUUUGUGCUGCUCUGUUACAGGUAGUGUUCAAAUGGAUUGGAAUGAGGACAAUUUCAGUAUGUGCUCCGUAUGUAGUGGAUCAGUUAAUGUUCCUGAUUAUUCUGGUUCCUGUUAAACUGAAGUAUGUCUGUUUGUGGCUUUAGGUCUUGAGAGUGAUCAGGCUGUGACAGUUAACUCUCCAGCGGGGUUCUAAGAUAAACUUUGUGUCAGAAGCUGUUGGAUGGUGUCUACUGAGAUGGCUGCACUGGGCUGUAGACUUACAGGUGUGUGUGUGUGUCUGGAUGUGAGAGUUGUUUUUUUUUUUUAAUUUGUUUUCUGAGACAGUUUCAAAAAUCAAGCUCCAGUGUAGCAGGGAAUUUCCUGUUUUUCUGCAGGCUGCCUUUUCUGACUUGAACUGGGGCAUAAUAUGAAUACUGCUGUAGCAAAUAUGCUGGAGUUACUUUUUGUGUGAUUAGUAUAAAUUCAAGGUUUAUUAAACUGACUGUUGAUGUGUUGUACUGAGUCUUGGAGGACUUAAAGUAAAAUUGCUUGAUUUUUACUAAGAUUUACAAGCAUCUCUUUCUGUUGUUUAAUGCUCUUUUAGUGAGAAAGGUUUAAAGGUUUUCUGAGUCAGUUCCUCAGCCAAGAACAGGGAACUAUAAUUAGAAUUUGUUUGAGAAUGUUUACAUUUUCAACACGGGGAGUUUUCUUUUUAGGGCCAUAAUUCAGGUAUUCUCAGAGCUUGCAGCCUUACUAGCUUAGCUUGCAGCUAAGCAGAUAGCUAAAAGCAUCUGAAAUGUAUCCACUCGUCUACAUAAGUGAUAGUGUGACCAAAGUGUCCUAGUGUCUUAUUGGGGCAGGUGAGCUGUGAGUGAGGCUAGUUAGCUUUGUUAAAGUAUUUCUGUUGCAGCUUUGACAGUUAUAUAAAUAUGGUCUUUGAGUGGAUUUGAGGGUGCACCAGCAUAGGUCUUAGUUUUCACACUUCUCUCAGUAGAGACAGAACAUUUUGGAGAUGUUUGUCUCAGCAUCAAGUGAUCCAAGAAGGCAUGAAGAGAUGGGCUUCUGAGGUGCAUGUGGCUUCUGAAAGUGAGUUGGGCAAUUACUUAAGCUGAGCAGAGGCAGCUCCUGCUGAUGAACCUAUGAGGUUCAAGCAAAACUUGAAAACUCUUUCAAAGCGAAUGUUACAGCCGUGCCUGCUCCCACCCCUUCUGGAUUCUGUAGUCAGAGAGAUGUGUGGGUAAAGCCUGUAAGAGAAUAUUUUACACUGGAAUAUGACAGAUGCUUAAGGAUGCUGUGUGGUUUCCAUGGUGGAUAAGAAAUUCAGAACUACCCUGUGCAGUUAGUGACAGUGUUUUGUUUAAAAACCAACUGUUUAUAUUGUAACACUGUCUGCAUUAUGAUAUGUUUGGCCUUGAAAAUGACAUGCUUAUGCAGAACUCCUUACAGAUCCAAUGGUACUUUCAAAUAUCCUGUGUGUAAGAUACAGGUCACUGUAUACUUUUCACAGAAGCAUAUGGUCACUUAAAUACACACAACUGGUAAUUCAUUAAUGGAUGUGAUGAUGCAUUCCUAGUAUUUUGACUCAUGUAGAGUCAGGUGGUCUAUACCUUCAAGGUAUAUACAACUGAUCUUAGUAACAUUAACAUCUGCCUCACUUCUUAGGAGGCAAAAAGCACAUAAAUGCUUCCAUCUUCAACUAAAUACCACACAAGACCAAAAAAAUAGAUGUAAAUUAGGUGUUUUAGAUCAGCCAUUUCUUGGCUUUCUUCUGUGUUGGUAGCACAAUAUUAAGUGCAGUGGCAGAGCUGUAAUAUCGUGGGAUUUCUUCUAAGUGUAAAGCACACUGUCAAUACUUAACACCUUAAGAUGAUAAAUAGCAGUAUUGGUUACUGUACAGUGACAGUUUUUGCAUUCGUAGGAAGCUUUGUUUACUGUUUGUAAUGUGAUGUUCAUCUUUUGGCCCUGCUCCUCCACUGUCUUUUCCCCUGUUGACUGCUUCAUGGUGUCAUAGAAAUUAAAGGAUUUGACAAGUU